CUCUUUUAAGUCGGUAAAGAACUUCCAAAAUUCAACCGGGAAAAGAAAAGAAGAGAAAUUUUUUCAGAAACCCUAAUCCAAUCUCCAAGAUAUGGCGAAUCAGCACUCGCCGUCGGCGGCAUCGGCAGCGACGGCGGCCACGGUCCAGCCUUCAUCACCGCGGUUCCUCUUCCCUCAACUGGUGGGUGCCGUCAAGCCCUCCACAGGAUCACAUCGCCGGAUCGGGAUCGCUGUUGAUCUCAGCGACGAGAGCGCCUAUGCGGUCCGCUGGGCCGUCCAGCACUACCUUCGCCCUGGUGACACUGUGAUCCUUCUCCACGUCCGCCCCACCAGUGUUCUCUAUGGUGCUGAUUGGGGCGCGGUGGAUGUCUCCUUCAACGCCGUUGCUGCUGACGGUGACUCGUCGGAGGAAUCGCAGCGGAAGUUGGAGGACGAAUUUGAUGCGUUCACGACGACCAAGGCGCAGGACCUGGCGCAGCUGCUGGUGGAGGCGCAGAUCCCGUUCAAGAUUCACAUCGUGAAGGAUCAUGACAUGAAGGAGAGGCUUUGCUUGGAGGUGGAGAGAUUGGGACUUUGCGCGGUGAUUAUGGGGAGUAGAGGGUUUGGGCGUCGAGGGAGCAGCAGCAAGGCGAGGCUUGGGAGUGUUAGUGAUUACUGCGUGCAUCAUUGUGUUUGCCCUGUGGUCGUGGUUCGGUAUCCCGAUGAUGGGGCAUGCGUAGGAGCUGUGGAUAGUGAGAUGGAU